AUGCCAAAUGGAAACUUUAGUGAACUAAUUGGGCCAAUAUUCGGAAAAACUUUUUCUAUCGACAAGGAUAUUAGAGGAAAUCACUGUAAAUGUUCCUGUGCUUGUAAUAAUUUGGAAAAAGGACUAUCUAAAAUUGAAGAAAGAAAAAAUAUAGAGGAGAAUGUGCCGUUUUCAAAUGAUAAUGAGACUAAAAUGAGCGAAACAUCAGCUACAUUAAGAGAUAAUACCGAAGCAAGUAGCUUCGGUAGCGAGAAGACUACUGAACUUGCUUCGACAACAGUAACAAUAACUAAAAUUACCAAUGAGUUUAAUGAUAAUGGAACAGAAUUAACUCAUGAUAAUGAUAAAAAUAAGCUAAAAAGUGGGGAACUAACUUUAGUAAGUAAUACUGAAGCAACUGAAACAACCAAGGGAAAUGUUGAAGCAAAUGGAGCAAGCACUGAAGGAAGUAAAGGAUUAACUGAAGCAAAAGAUUCAGGCAAAGAAACUUCAGUAACAGGUAUUGAAGCAUUAGAAUCUGGCACUGAAUCAAAUAAUGAAGCAAAUGAAACUGCUAAAACUGAUACAGAACUGUUGAAAUCAAGUUCUGAAGCAAGCAGUGAAGCUAAAGAAGCUAUGGAAACCAGUACAGAAAUGUUAAAAUCAAGUUCUGAAGCAAUUACAGAGGAACCCAGUGAAACUAAAAGAACUGAUACAAGUGUAGCAACUAUUGAAGUAAUUGAAUCAAGCAGAAAUACUGUGACAAGUACAGUCAAUGCAAUCACAGAUGAACUUGAAGCAAUUACUAGAAUGAUUGAGACGAGUACUAGAACAAAUGAAGCAAAUGAAUUAAACGAAAUAAGUAUAAGUUCAACUGAAGCAAGCAUAGAAAUUAAUGAAUCUCUGAAGCAAGCAACUGAAGCAAGCAUUGAAGAAAUUAAAGGAAGCAAAAUAAUAGUUGAAGCAAUUACAGAAAGGGCCGAAACAACAGAUAAAUCUAUAGAAGAAAGUAAGAAUACUAAUGAAACAGCUAAUGAAGCGACUAAUCCUAGUAGUGAAUCAGUCGUAAUGAUCAAAGGAACCACUGAAGUGCCUGGAGUGAAUAAUAGAACUGUUGUUACAAGUGCUGAAACAAUCCAAACAAAUAAAGAACCGGUUGAAGCAGAUACCACAAAUGAAGCACAGACUGAAGCAGCUCAAACAAGCAUUAGAACAACUGAACGAGCUAAUGAGACCGUUGAAACAAGAGAUGAAACACUUGAAGCAAGUACCGAGGCAGCUAAAAUAACUAGUUUGUUGUAUGAAGCAAGAACUAAGAUAUCUGAAACAAACAAAGAACAAGUUGAGAAGCUUAAUAAAGAAGAAGCAAAAUUGAAAUUUGAACAGCAAGUUCCAAAAUUUAUAACCACACCGUUAGCAACAAAUUUAGUUUCAAACUCGGAAGAAGCUGAAACUGAAGCUAAUAAUGAAAGACCUUCUAAGGAUGAUAAUAAAUUCAAGAAUAAUGAGGAAUUAAAGGACCAAAACAAUGAAGAAGCAACACUAAAAACGGAUGAUCAUCUAAAACCGAUAAAAAAUGGCAACGAUAAUCUUUUUGGUCAGACGUUUCCACCUGAGUUUAAAGCAAAAGUGGCUAAUCUGCUUAAUAGACUUAAGGAGCAAUUGAUGCAAUUAAGACAAAUUGAAGCUGAAACAUCGGAAAAGGGGGAAAAUGAAGGGAGAGAUGAAGCAGGAGAGAAAAAAUCGAGUAAAUUUGAUAGAAGAACAGAAGAAUUGCUUUAUCAGGUAGAUCAACAAGUAUCGAGUAUUAUUAAAGAAAAUUGGGGUGAACCAAUGAAGAGUAAUCCGAAAUAUAAAAAUCAACUAGAGACAAUCAGUCCAUCCCUAGAGGAUACUAAAGCUUCUAGUUCAGCUUCAUAUUCAUCUAUUUCCUCAACAACUUCUUCCUCAUCUACUUCCUUAUCAUCUUUACUACAUUCUUCCACUGUUCCAUCAUCAUUUUCAUCAUCCCCUUCAUCACAAUUAACUUCAACCUCAUCUUCUUCAUCCUUAACAUCAUUUUCAUUGUCAUCUCACACUUCAACACCGCCCUCCUCUUCAACACCAUCUUCUUCCACUCCCACUACACCCAAAACUUCCCAACAUCCUUUCACUCUUCCAUCAUUACUUUCAUUAUUCGAAUCAUCCCAAUUAGAUUCAGAUUCCUCUUCAACUAUACUAAAUACUCCCAUAACAUCUUCAACAUCUUCAUCCUCAACUCCAUCAUCUUCCAUGCCUGCCUCCGCUUCCCAUAAACCUACUUUAUUUACAACAUCUAACCCUUCAUUCAAUUCUUCCACAUCUUUCCAUGCAUCAUCAUCUUCUUCGACUUCUUCGACAUUGCCCCCUUCAACAUCCACCUUAUCAUCUUCCCCGGUGUCUCUUUCAACAAAUCCUACUUCAUCACCAUCCUAUCCCUCAUCUUCAACUUCCACAAUACAAUCUACAACAUCCUACCUUCCUCAACUUAACUCUACAAGCUCUUCGCUAAAUUCAUCCAGUUCAUCAUUAAAACAAAUUUUAAACCAAACCCACUCAUUAAAAGAACAAAAAACAAAUUCUACAGAAUCCAUCUCCCCUGCAUUUAAAGCUAGAUUAGCAAAUUUGUUAAAUCGGCUUAAAGAACAAUUAUUCAGAUUUCGGGAAUUUCAGCAACGCCAACAAUUAUUGCUUGGGUUACCGAAUAAUACUAAUAAUAAGGUAACCGAAACUAGAAACGAAUCUUACGGAGCUUCAAUUGAAAGGAGUAUUAUUAAUAUUGAAAAUGCUACAGAAACUGCUUCAAUAAUACAGACUGAAACUGAAGCAAACGAGGAGGAUUCUUUUGCGUUUGUUACUGAAUCAUCUAUUAUAGAUGAAGCUACAGUAUCCUCUCUCUCACCUUCAUCCACUAAUGAGUUGACUGAGUCUCCCUCCUACUCUUCCUCCCAUACAACAACGGUUAAAACAACAACUGAGGCAACAACUGAAGCAGGAACUGAGGCAACAAUUGAGCCAACAAGAACAACAGCUUCGACUCCUCCAAAACCACCAAAUAAGCCUAACAAAAAAGAGUCUAAUAAAUUGGAUGAUAAUAAUUAUCGUCUUUUAUUCCCCCUUUCCAACAAUGAUUUUUCUAUGGACUCCAAACCUGUCCAAAAAUUGAAUGAAAAAGAGGAAAAAAUAAAUUUGGACAGGGAAAAGUUUGAAGAUUCACAGAUUAAAAGGAUUAUACUACUUGAAGCGCCAAAAAACAAUUUUUGGACUAGAAGUACAGCAACGAAUAUUCCCCCUUUGAAUCUAACCACAACAAGUACAACUUCAACUAGUACAUUGGAAAAUAUAACUCAAACUGAAGCAGCAACAACAACUUCUACAAUAAACACAACUACAGAAUCAAAGGAGGAGGAUACUAGUAGUAAUGAAGCUCAAGAGACGACAUUAAGUGUUGCUCCAUAUGCUUCAAGUCUAGUUGAGAGACUUGCACUGGCUCGCCGUUUGCGUGAAGAACAAGUAAAGUUGGAAAUGAUGGAAGCUGUAAGGCAGGAACAAUUGGGAAUAAAUGAACCCGAUCCUCAACUAACUGAAAGAAAAAAGGAAAUAGAGAAUCGACUAUUGCAGCUGGCACAUGCCGAACGUUUCCAUCGGGCAUUGCUGGAACGACAAAAGAUUGAGCAACAGUUGGAAAGGCAAAAAACAACCGAGAGAAGGUACCCAACUACAAUAGAAAAAUCAUUAGAUACAACAACCCAAACACAAGCACCUUCUACUAAUGAAAAUAAUUUAAAUAUCUGUGAACGUGUAGUACGAUUUAUUCGACUUUUUAAAAUUUCAAGACCUCGUUUUUGGAUCGAAACAAAUUGUAAAUUUGCCAAAAAACAUUUCCCUAACGCCAGUUGUGAGAGAAUUGGGGGACUUUUGAAUGAGUGUUUGAUGGAAGAAAGGAAGAGGAUAAAUAAGGAAAAGGAAGAAAGAAGAGAAAAUGAGGGAAGAAGAGAAAAUGAAGGAAGAAGGGAAGAUGAGGAAAGAAGAGAGGAUGAGGAAGAAAGUGAUGAUAAGAAAAGAUAA